GGCUCCAGCGCGUGGUUUGGCCGAGUCCUUCCCUCCGAUCCAGCGCGUCCCAGGGCGCUGCGGCCGCUCCAACUAUGGCCCCCCGGCGCCGCGCCAGCCCAGGGGUCGCUGUCGCCUGCUGCUGGCUCCUCACCGUUCUAGGCUUCUGCAUAUCAUUCAAUGUUGAUGUGAAAAACUCAUUGACUUUCAGCGGCCCAGUGGAGGACAUGUUUGGAUAUACUGUUCAACAAUAUGAAAAUGAAGAAGGAAAAUGGGUACUUAUUGGUUCUCCUUUAGUUGGACAACCCAAGAACAGAACUGGAGAUGUCUAUAAGUGUCCAGUUGGGAGAGGUGAAUCAUUACCUUGCAUAAAGUUGGAUCUUCCAGUUAAUACAUCAAUUCCCAAUGUCACAGAAGUAAAGGAGAAUAUGACAUUUGGAUCAACUUUAGUCACCAACCCAAAUGGAGGGUUUCUGGCAUGCGGGCCCUUAUAUGCCUAUAGAUGUGGACAUUUGCAUUACACAACGGGAAUCUGUUCUGAUGUCAGCCCCACAUUUCAAGUCGUGAACUCCAUUGCCCCUGUACAAGAAUGCAGCACUCAGCUGGACAUAGUCAUAGUGCUGGAUGGUUCCAACAGUAUUUACCCCUGGGAAAGUGUUACAGCUUUUUUAAAUGACCUUCUUGAAAGAAUGGAUAUUGGUCCUAAACAGACACAGGUUGGAAUUGUACAAUAUGGAGAAAAUGUAACCCAUGAGUUCAACCUCAAUAAGUACUCAUCAACGGAAGAAGUGCUUGUUGCAGCAAAUAAAAUAGUCCAGAGAGGUGGCCGCCAGACGAUGACAGCCCUUGGAAUAGACACAGCAAGGAAAGAGGCUUUCACUGAAGCCCGGGGUGCCCGAAGAGGGGUUAAAAAAGUCAUGGUAAUUGUGACUGAUGGAGAGUCCCAUGACAACCACCAACUGAAUAAGGUCAUCCAGGACUGUGAGGAGGAAAGCAUUCAGCGGUUUUCCAUAGCUAUUCUUGGCAGCUAUAAUCGAGGAAAUUUAAGCACUGAAAAAUUUGUGGAGGAAAUAAAAUCAAUUGCAAGUGAACCCACUGAAAAGCAUUUCUUCAAUGUCUCUGAUGAAUUGGCACUAGUCACUAUUGUUGAAGCUCUGGGAGAAAGAAUCUUUGCCCUGGAAGCUACAGCUGACCAGUCGGCAGCUUCUUUUGAGAUGGAAAUGUCUCAGACCGGCUUCAGUGCUCAUUACUCACAGGACUGGGUCAUGCUUGGAGCAGUCGGAGCCUAUGAUUGGAAUGGAACAGUCGUCAUGCAGAAGGCUAAUCAAAUCAUAAUUCCCCAAAACACGACCUUUAAUGUUGAGUCUACCAAAAAGAAUGAACCUCUUGCUUCUUAUUUAGGUUACACAGUAAACUCCGCCACUGUUUCUGGAGAUGUGCUCUACAUUGCCGGACAGCCACGGUACAAUCAUACAGGCCAGGUGGUCAUCUACAGGAUGGAGGAUGGAGACAUCAGGAUUCUCCAGACACUCAAUGGAGAACAGAUCGGUUCCUACUUUGGAAGUGUUUUAACGACAAUUGACAUUGAUAAAGAUUCUAAUACUGACAUUCUUCUAGUCGGGGCUCCCAUGUUCAUGGGAACAGAGAAGGAGGAACAAGGAAAAGUGUACAUCUAUGCUCUGAACCAGACAAGGUUUGAAUAUCAAAUGAGCCUGGAACCCAUGAAGCAGACUUGCUGUUCAUCUCUGAAGCACAAUUCAUGCACAAAGGAAAACAAAAAUGAACCAUGUGGGGCUCGUUUUGGAACAGCUAUUUCUGCUGUGAAAGACCUCAAUCUUGAUGGAUUUAAUGACAUCGUGAUAGGAGCACCCCUGGAAGAUGAUCAUGGGGGAGCCGUGUACAUUUAUCAUGGAAGUGGCAAGACUAUAAGGGAAGAGUAUGCACAACGUAUUCCAUCAGGGGGAGAUGGCGAGACACUGAAAUUUUUUGGCCAGUCUAUCCACGGAGAAAUGGAUUUAAAUGGUGACGGUCUGACUGAUGUCACUAUUGGGGGCCUUGGUGGUGCUGCCCUCUUCUGGUCCCGAGAUGUGGCUGUAGUUAAAGUGACCAUGAAUUUUGAACCCAAUAAAGUGAAUAUUCAAAAGAAAAACUGCCGCAUGGAGGGAAAGGAAACAGUAUGCAUAAAUGCCACAGUGUGUUUUGAUGUGAAAUUGAAGUCCAAAGAAGACAGGGUUUACGAAGCUGAUAUGCAGUACCGUAUCACACUAGAUUCUCUAAGACAGAUAUCACGGAGUUUUUUCUCUGGAACUCAAGAGAGGAAGAUUCAAAGAAACAUCACAGUUCGAGAAUCAGAAUGCACUAAGCAUUCCUUCUACAUGUUGGACAAGCAUGACUUUCGGGACUCUGUGAGAAUAACUUUGGAUUUUAAUCUUACCGAUCCAGAAAAUGGGCCCGUUCUUGAUGAUUCUCUACCGAAUUCAGUACAUGAGUAUAUUCCCUUUGCCAAAGAUUGUGGAAACAAGGAAAAAUGUAUCUCGGACCUCGUCCUGGAUGUCUCCACCACAGAAAAGGGCCUGCUUAUUGUCAGGUCCCACAAUGAUAAGUUCAAUGUUAGCCUCACAGUCAAGAAUAAAGAGGACAGUGCCUAUAACACCAGAACCAUAGUGAAUUAUUCUCCAAAUCUAAUUUUUUCAGGAAUUGAGGCUAUCCAAAAAGACAGUUGUGAAUCCAAUCGUAAUAUCACAUGUAAAGUUGGAUAUCCUUUCCUAAGAAGAGGAGAAAUGGUAACAUUCAAAAUAUUAUUUCAGUUUAACUCAUCUUAUCUCAUGGAAAAUGUGAUCAUUCAUUUAAGUACAACAAGUGACAGUGAAGAGCCACCUGAAGCCCUUUUUGAUAAUGAAGUAAACGUUUCUAUCCCUGUAAAAUAUGAAGUUGGACUACAGUUUUACAGCUCUGCAAGUGAAUACCAUAUUUCAAUUGCGGCCAACGAGACAGUCCCUGAAGUUAUUAGUUCUACUGAGGACAUUGGAAAUGAAAUUAAUAUCUUCUACUUGAUUAGAAAAAGUGGGCAUUUUCCAAUGCCAGAACUCAAGCUGUCAAUUUCAUUCCCCAACAUGACAUCAGGUGGUUUUCCUGUACUGUACUCAAAUGGGUGGUCAUCUUCUGAGAAUGUCAACUGCAGACCCAGUAGCCUCCAGGAUCCUUUUGGUAUCAACUCUGGGAAGAAAAUGAUAAUAUCCAAAUCUGAAGAUAUCAAACGAGGCACCAUUCUGGACUGCAGUGCAUGUAAAUUUGCCACCAUCACGUGUAACCUGAUUCCUUCUGACAUGAGCCAAGUGAAUGUUUCACUUAUCUUAUGGAAACCAACUUUUAUAAAAGCACAUUUUUCCAGCUUAAAUCUUACUGUAAGGGCAGAACUUCAGAGUGAAAAUACAUCACUAGUUUUAAGUGCUGGCAAUCAAAAAAGAGAGCUUGCUAUUCAAAUAUCCAAAGAUGGGCUACCAGGCAGAGUGCCGUUAUGGGUUAUCCUGUUGAGUGCUUUUGCUGGAUUAUUGCUAUUAAUGCUGCUCAUAUUAGCACUGUGGAAGAUUGGAUUCUUCAAAAGACCACUAAAGAAGAAAAUGGAGAAAUGAAAUAUUUUAGAAGAGAAGAAAUAAUUAUUCAGUGAUCUAUCCUCAGGUUUGCCUCAAAUAUGUGACAAGAAAUUUAUAAAUACAAUUAAAGACAUAGUCACAUAACUCUGUGUAAUCCAUCAGGGAUUAAUCACUUAGAAAAUGACAGAUCAAGCAAGAUCCAAAACCAAUACAUUAAAGAUUUAUUUUAUAAAAUGUUGAAAAAUAUUUUAAAAUAAUUACUCAUUUUUGUUGAGUAUUUAAGCAAAAUUACAAAGUGUUUUGAAGAUGAAAAAUAACCUGUACAAAUAUGUUUAUAUAUUAAAUCACCAUUCAAAGUAUUUAAGGAACACAUAAAAAGAUUUUUAUGAUCAUUGAAACAUUUACUUUCAAAAUAAUAUAAAUUAAGCUUUUUCCAUUGAUUCCUGAUGGAUAUCCACAUUUAGCAUGAUGGUCAAUAUUUGUAAAUGCCAAGAAAGGAAUUUUACCUGAAGAAGAUCUCUUCCCCACAUUUAAAUGAGAAAAAUUUCCCAGGUGGAGUCUAUAUACAAUAUGGACUGAAAAUAGAAUUAAAUCACAGAGAAUAUAUUCAGCAUCUUUGUGUUGGGUUCUAUACUUGGAAAGAUUUCUUUCCAAAGUGUUUGGAAAAUAGUGCAAUUGAGCUGAAAUUCUAUCUAGGAUAGAAAAUCAAGAUAGACUUGUUUAAAAGCAAGUGCACUGAAUGGAUUAAUUUAAGCUUUUACAGAACACGCCUAAUUUUGGUAUUGAACUCUAAAACUCAAAACUCUUUUAUACUGAAAAAGCACAGCAGUUUUAUGUGGCAUAACAGUGAUUUGUCAUGACAAGUCACGUUGUGUGUGGGAUAUGCUAAAAUGGUUUCUGAAUGGAACUGACAAUGUAGAUGGAUGCCGCAGAAAUGCUGGUCAUCUUUUGAACGUGAGGGGGUCCCAGGAUGUAACCCAAAGUAGGAAUUGUCUCAACUCCUUGGUACAUGGUUCAUUCAAACCCUCAAGCUGUGAGAGUAUGUUUAUUUUUAAUAUUUUUAAAGAUAUUUAAUUUUCCAAAUGCGGUUCUUCUUUUUAUGAAAAAGCAGUAUUCCAUUUCAGUAUUGCAUUUUACCAACAAGCCACUGCUUUUUGAGUGUGGCAUAUCAAUGUUUAAAUAGAUCUCCGGAAACGUAUUUUAAAGAAUUUCAAGUUUGAAACCUCGCACCAACAGAAAGACAUCACACCUUCGUAUGAGCUUCUUUGUUCUUGAAGUAAUCACCGUGGUGCAUCGGACUCUACUGUAGCAUAAGCUCCUAGGUUGCUCCAUUUCUUAGGGGAAAAAACAAUGAAUGAAUGUACAUGUGAACUACUGCUGUAAAAUUUUCUGAUACUUCUGCAACAACUCCGUCUCUCUACCCGAUUGACCAUCACAAGAUCAGAACCUGUACUUAUCUGGAAAGUCCUGGCCUCUACUUUUCUCAAAAAGCAGCAAAUCAAUGGAGAAAUUAAAUGCCAUACAUUUAAUUUUUAAAAACUAAUUUCCAGGGAAUUAUCUGUGGACUCAGAGGCAACCUACCUCGUGGCUCUCUACAUCUACUUCUGAGAUCCUGAUGGUCAAAGAUAUGCACCUGGGGAGUGCUGAGGUCCUCAGUAGCUAGAAGAAAGGCUAAGUUUUUCCAGAGAUUUGGUAUCCUCUUCCUGGCCUGUGAUUGCUCAGAAGUGUCCAGUUUUAGAAUUUUCUUCAUGCCUGCUAUCUAUCUCCAGGUUCCGAAAUCAUUCUUUCCACCUGUCCUUUCUUUGCCCAACAAACUCAGGUCUCUCAUAUUCAGUCACCAUGGUACACAACUCCAGUGCACAACCUGCUCUGAUCCAAGCUCAGCACAUUCUUAGAAAUAAAUCGAAUAGAUAAAAUUUUUAAAAAUUCACACUUGUCCUCUGACUCCUAGGCAAAGUAUUUACUGAACCAGGACUAUGCACAUUUCAACUAAACAUGUUGUUAACCUAAAGGGGAAAAAUAGAAAAGAUGGCAUUUUUAACAUUUUAGAAAAGAGAGGAAAAGCUGUUUGGCCAAAUCAAAGAGCUACUUAUAAGCUCAGCACAGUUUUUAACAUAAUUCAUUCCUGGUUUCUAAGUAGAAUAUUAAAUGAGCCAGAUACCCUAUUUCCUUAAUAUUGUGAUCUGUUGAGGUUUAUGUAUGUAUGUGUCUGUGCAUCUGUGCGUGUGUGUAUAAACACACAUGCACACACGCACGCAUGCGUGCAUGGACACAAAUUGGGGAAAAAAUACCUCAACACCAAAUAACAGAGUUUACAAGAAAUAAACACACAAAAACUACACCACAAGAAAAGUUUGAUUCAUCCACUUUGCAUAUAGUUUUCACUUUCAUUAAUAUUUAACUUUAGCAUACAUUUAUGCAACUAUCUAAAAAUCAUAAAUGUAGAAUUAUUAUUUUGACUAAAUUAAUAAGUCGAGAUGUCCUAAGUUAGCUUUGUACAGGUGUCCUAAAACAGAGACAAUGAUUAAGAAAUAUACUAAACUCUAUUAUUUUAUUUUAAAACAUUUAAUAAGAAAAGUGAUAUUUAAGACAAUUUAUGAGCUUAUUCAUUAAAUUAAAUUGCAAAAUAGUUUCUUUUUUUAACUUUGGUAUUUUUUAGAAUUAAUUAUUUCUUCCACUGUGGACUGAACUAUGUAUGAAGUCCCUUUCCAUACCAAGCCUACAAUGGUAUAUUGGUAAAUUAUUGAACAACUGGCUCUCCAGGAGGAAAAAAAUCCCUGAUUUGUGUCAUUUACCAGUUUUCAUGGUCUAACUAGUUUUGUCACAGCCAUUUUCAAGCUACCAACAUAGCCCUAACCAGCUUGCAGAAUUCCUGAAAAUGUAUUUGUCAGUUCUCAUGAACCAGUAUGAGCUAGCUUCAGUGCACCAUUGAGAUAGAUUAGAUGACAAUGAUAGACAGAAGAUAGAUAGAUGACAGAUGAUAGAUAGAUAUAGAUGAUAGAUGGAUAGAUAGAUAUAGAUGAUAGAUGGAUAGAUAUAGAUGAUAGAUAGAUAUAGAUGAUAGAUAAAUAGAAAUGUAACAUGUAUAUAUAUAUAUAUAUAUACACACACAAACAUGCACAAUACAAUCAUAUUUCAAAUUAUUCUUAAAACAUUGAUCUCAAACCCAGCAAAGUGCUACAUAGUUUCCCAUUCUUCAAUUUCAAUUUCUAAAAUUAUAGUCUUCCUUUAAUGUUAAUAAAAUGAUAUGAACUUGCAGGAAAAGGAGUUGGAAGCAAUAUAUAUGUAUAUAUAAAGGGUAACGCAGUGAAAAUCAGAACUACACAACCACAAAGAAGCUGUUUCACUUUCUCUCGGAAUCCAGAGCCCUGCAGCCAUACUGUGAAAGGUCAUCCUUUGUAAAUAUUUGUAAUUUCUAUGACCCAGUUUGAAUUUCAGUGAUCCAAUUUGUUCAAUUAUUUUCUCCGAGCACUAGAUUCAUGGGCAAUUUAAUCUCUGAAUAUUUUUUAUGUCAUAACUGUGCUUGAAAUGAGGCUUGUGGGAGGACAUAUUUUACAAAAUUUGAUGUUUACUCAACCACAAUAAUUUAUAAUUUUACCUCUUAUAAAACCAAUAUCUAGGCUCAAUUAGAAAACAAAUAUUUGCACCAAAGCAAAAGGUGGUUGCAUAGUGCUUGAGUAAACCUGGGUGGAAGGAGAAGCUGAGAGAAGGGCUGGCAUGUUCUCUCCAGGCGGCCCCCCGAAGGGCCACGGCUUGCACUGUGUGAGGGCUGCCCACCACGUCUAUGCACUGCACUUUCCUACAGGAUAUCCUCUCUGUCAAACAUGUUGUUAUCUGCUCAGUGUGAAUUAACUGUCUUGCUCUGCACAACAGUGAGAAAACUAAGAAAGACCCAGGCUCAGAGCAUGGUCCGUGUGCCCAGUACAGUCACAGUAUUGUUCAAAUAAAGAGGCUUCUGGCAAAUCAGCCUUUUAAAAAUAAUAGUAUCCUAUGUAUCCUUUAUUGAUUUUCAACACUUCUCAAGUCUCCCUCCAUUAGAUUAGUCUUCUCACCCAAGGGAGAUUUUCAAGAAGACUACUAGAGAAAAAUCUGUUUAAAACGUGUGCUCUGUUUGCUAUGAAUACCAGCUUCUGUGAUUUGAUCAUUUACACAGGAUGUCAGUCCUCCGUUCCGUGGCAAUCUAAAGGGUUGGUAUGGUAAAUGUAAUAGGGACAAAAUGAAAGGCUUGAAGAGGUGAAACAGCUUGAAGAAAUUUACAAACUGUUAUUGGGACGCUAUCAGCAGCUACGCCAGUGGGGAGCUGGCAGGAUUUAGCCCUUUGGUGGGUCUCCAUCAGCACUCCCCUAAUCCCCAUCCUCACCCAUGGAAAUUAUAAUCUAAAAAAUGAAAAGAAGAGCUUUAAAAUCCUGGAAAUGAUGCUACUUUCUAACUAAAAUUUCCAAUUCAACUGUAAACAGCAGGCAUUUUAACGCAAACACAACUUCCAGGUGAAUCCACUAGACAGCCCUUCCAAUCAGACUGCUGUCUCUAAAUACCUCCUACCCAGAAGUUCUGAAACCGCCACUGGAAGUGAACUUUGCAGUGCAUUACUAAAGGCUAAAGGCUGCCGUUUCAAUGGGAGCACUGUUGUCAACAUCUUAAGUAGAACAAUAAAAAGAGAGUUAAAAUCUAA